AUGGAGGGAUUACUGACGGAAGUGCUUAAGGCUAACAGCACUCCACUAAAAACGAAAGCAGCUCGGCAGUUCUUGAAAAAGGUUGAGGAACUAUGUCCUUGCUUUGAAGAGGAAGGACUUCUUAAUAUUCCUCAAUGGGAACAUUUGGGGGAAGAACUACAUAAGCGGGACCGAGAAGAGCCACUGCCGCUAGGUAUGAUGGCUAUUUGGAAGCUAGUACGCUCCUGUUUAGACUCUAACCAUAAAAUGGUUAAAAAUGUUAUCAAGGAAGGUGUUGAAGUGAUGGAGCAGGUCAGAGAACCCUCUAAGGCAGGAUCUAGCAGAGGGGGAGAAAGUUCAGAGAUGAGCUCCUCUGAAGAUGAGCUUGGAGAAGCCAUGAUGUACUUAAAAUUAAAAGAGGAAGUCCCUAACAAACCUUUAAAGGGAAGGACAUACAAAGAAGCCGGGAAAAAAUAUGACUCCCUAGCGCCCUCUGUCAGAAGGUCAAGAAUUCCUACCCCUGAAUAUAGGCCUAUAGCACCACCUGCAGAAUGGCCGCCACCAUAUAACACUUCAUGCUCCCGAGGGGCAUGCGGUUGUCCAGAAUGUAGAAAUGCAGGAUGGAGGGACAUUACAGACUUUACUAAACCCUCCCCUCUUGCAUACCCAGUGUUAGAAGAUCAAAAUCAACAGAGGUUUCAUCAACCACUAGACUUCAAACUUAUUAAACAGUUUAAGGCAGCAGUCACUACUUAUGGGCCACAGGCUGCUUAUACACUUUUACUUUUGGAAGCAGUCGGUAGCAUGAACCUUACCCCAGACGAUUGGACUAACAUGGCAAAAGCAACUCUGUCUGGUGGACAAUACUUGAUAUGGAAAACUGCUUGGCAAGAGUGUAGCUCAAAAACUGCCCGGUGUAACGCCGUGUCAGGGAAUCCCCACUGGAAUAUUGACAUGCUUAUGGGAGGAGGUCAAUUUGUGGGACAAAACAAUCAGAUUGAGUACCCCCCAGGGGUGUAUGUACAGAUAGCAGCUGCAGCCACUAGGGCUUGGAAGACCAUACAGGGUUCUGGCGAUUUGCAGGGACAACUUUCCAAGGUGUUGCAGGGGCCUAAUGAACCCUAUGCUGACUUUGUAGAUCGUCUGCUCCAAGUAGCAAGGCGCAUAUUUGGGGAUGUGGACCAAGCAAUGUCCCUUGUUAAACAAUUAGCCUAUGAACAAGCAAAUAAAUGGUGUAGAGAGGCUAUCCGCCCUUGGAAGUCUAAGGACCUGACUACGUAUAUCAAAGUGUGUCGAGACAUCACUGAUACAGUUGUUCAGGGCCAAGUUAUGGCAGCAGCAAUAGCCCAAGGGAUAAGAAGUUUCAAUGGAGGAACCAGGAGUUCUUCCAAGGCUUGUUUCCUUUGUGAAAGGGACGGUCAUCUUAAGAGGGAUUGUCCAGAGGGUAAAGGAUUUCCUAGACCAGUCAAGCCCGCACCUGGGUUGUGCCCUCAUUGCCGUAAAGGGAAUCAUUGGGCUAAUGAAUGUAGGUCCCAGAAAGAUAUUCAAGGAAAUCCCCUGCCACCGAAUAACUGGAUUCAAUCCAAUGACUCAAAAAACGGGAAGCAGGGUCCCGCGCCCCGGGGCCUGACACAAAUUUAUGGGGUGCUAACACAAAUGCCCAGGACAUGGUAUCCUCCCUCAGAGAAAGGCGCGCAACCUCUGGAUCAGCAGGGCUCGAUAUCAGAGCAGUCACCCGAAUGGUCCUAA